AGUACCCUUCAAAAAAAUGUGACAGCACACAUUUAUAACAAAUUUAUAUAUUUAAAUAUAUAGCAGCUCAUCAGCUUCACCUUUUGUCAAACUUCUUACUAAAACCAAUUCCAUAGUAAUAUAUGUUAGUAUUUUUACAUUGGAAUAUUACAAAAAAGAAAAAAACAAGACCCAUCAAGAUGAUCGAGGUGGUGCCCAAUUUGGCUGAUAAUAUAUAAUAGAGCCAAAAUAUAAUUACAAUCGUCAAUACAUAUAGAUAUAGCAAAAGUCAAACGCAAAUACAUACAAACAUAAACCAUUAUAUUGUACAGUACACGAUCUCUUCUCUUAUUAAUACUUAAACAAAAGUCAAUAGGCCAAACACGUAUACAUGACACUCAUCCCUAACUAGCUUCUUCCAUAUAUCUACUCCACUCUAUCUUCUACCAUAUCCUUUUAUUUCAUAUACAUAUUUAUAAAUAUCAUCACUCGAAACCCUAAUCAUCUUUCUCAUCAUAUAAUCAACACCCUCUUCUCUCUUCUCUUCUUCAUUAAUACACACCUCUUAAAUAUAUAUAUAAUAUGGAAUUAUUAGAAGUAAUUGGUAGUAGUAGAGGUUGGUCAUCAUCAAUAUCGUCGGAUGAAGAUGAGCUAGUGAGAGAGCUUUUGGAUGACGUGUCGCCAUUUUUUGUGGUACAAGAAGAUGAAUCACAUUAUAAUCAACAUGAAUUAUUAUCAUUAUUAGAUAAUGAUGAUACUAUUAGUAGUAGCAGUAGUGAUGAAAUUGUAAUGAAGAUCAACUCGGCCAAGGUAUACUCAGGCCCAACACUUGAAGAUAUUGAGAAUGCUUUGACUGUCACCUCUCCAAAAUUGUCCCAACCCCAACAAACACUUAUUUCUUCUUCUUCACCUGCCCCGGCCAGCAGGAUUUCAUUAUUGGAGAGAGGAUUGAUGAUGAGUAGUAAGAGUAUUGAUAAUAAGUAUACUUUGAAGAUUAAGAGUUCUGCUACUAAUAACGGAAUGACUGAUGAUGGAUAUAAAUGGAGGAAGUAUGGACAGAAGUCUAUUAAGAAUACUCCAAAUCCUAGGAGCUAUUACAGAUGCACAAACCCAAGGUGUAAUGCAAAGAAGCAAGUGGAGAGGUCAAUGGAAGACCCAGACACACUCAUCAUCACAUAUGAAGGGCUCCACCUGCAUUUUACUUACCCAUUUUUCGUAUCGGGUCAAUCACAAGUCUCCAAUCCAGCAGCAACUAAAAAGCCCAAGAAGAGCACCUUCCAUGUCCAAGACAAUGAAGCCCAACAAACUCAAGAAUGGGCCCAAGAGUUGGACCCAUUGGGCUUGGAUACAACCAUUGCUUCUAUGGGCUACCAUCAAGAAUCUUCCCAUGAAGAAAGGACCAACCAAGGGUUGCUUCAAGAUAUGGUGCCACUCACGAUUCUUAAUCCCUCUGGCUCUACCAACAACAAUAUGAUCAAUACUAGUAAUACGUCGUCGUAUUCCUCUUGUUCGUCUAAUAGGUCACCUCCAACUUCACCUUCCUUAAUGUCAUGGUCUCCAAACUGUUAUUACACUUCGUGUUUUGGUGUUUGAAGAACCUAUAACGAUUAGGGCAUAUAUUCACUAUUUCGAAUGUCAAAUCAUCUAGCUAGCUAAUGUUUAAUAUAUAUGAAUAUUAAUUAAACAAUAAAAUUGUAUAAUUUAAAAAGUAUAUAUUUAUUUAAAAAUAAAUAAAUAUUAAUCAUGCUCACACAC